CGUCAGAGUCAUUUGACGUCACCGCUGCUCUGCUUCCUUCUUCCGGGAUUGCUAGUCUUCAAACACCAUCCGCCGAGUGAAAAAUAAUGUCUCAUCAAACGGGUAUUCAGGCUGCUGGAGAAGUGAAGGAUGUUUUCGCCAAUGCCAGAAAUGGAGAUUACAGACUUCUGAAGAUCAUCAUUGAAAAUGAGGAGCUGGUUUUAGGCCUCACUAAACCAGUGUGUCGCAGCUGGGAGGAAGACUACGAUUCCCUUCUACUUCCUGUUCUGGAAAAAGAACUGCCCUGCUACAUCCUGUUCCGCCUUGACUCCAAAAACAGUCAGGGACAUGAGUGGAUCUUCAUCGCCUGGUCACCUGACAAUUCACCAGUGCGGCCUAAAAUGCUUUACGCAGCCACCAGAUCCACACUGAAGAAGGAGUUUGGACUCGCACACAUUAAGGAUGAGAUUUUUGGCACUGUUAAGGAUGAUGUUUCUCUAAGCGGUUAUAAGAAACAUGUCACCUCACAGUCCGCUCCUGUACCACUGACUGCAGCUGAGGAGGAACUACGGCAGAUUAAACUCAGUGAGGUUCACACAGAUAUCAAUGUGAACACUACGAAGCAAACUCUUCAGGGAGUAGCGUUCCCUUUGGACGGAGAGGCCUUCGCUGCAUUACAGCAGUUCAAAGACAAGAAACUGAACUACGUCCAGCUUAGCAUUAAUUUUGAGGAGGAGUUGAUUAUGUUGUCAAACACGGAUGCCACAGAAAUGAAAGAUUUACCCAAGAGAAUUCCUAAAGACGCGGCGCGAUAUCACUUCUUCCUCUACAAACACUCACACGAGGGCGACUACCUGGAGUCUAUAGUGUUUAUUUACUCCAUGCCGGGUUACAGCUGUGGAAUCAAAGAGCGGAUGUUGUACUCCAGCUGUAAGAAUCCGCUGUUGGAGAUGGUGGAGAGCAAACUGCACAUGGAGGUCGAGAAGAAGAUGGAGAUCGAUAAUGGCGAUGAGCUGACAGCUGACUUCCUGUACGAUGAGGUUCACCCAAAGCAACACGCGCACAAGCAGGCGUUCGCUAAACCCCGCGGCCCGCAAGGCAGGAAGGGCGAACGCAGAAUCACGCGGCGACCCGGAGAGGGCGACGACGCCGGCGACGAUUAACUGAUCAUCAACAAACAAAAUCAAAGAGGCCACGUCUGUACGCAACAAAACUGUCGAACGUUUAUUUUUCAUAAAGCACCCUCAUGAACUAUGCACGCUAUGACACGAACGCGCCUGUUUUCUCGAUUUCUGUGGUUCGUGUAAACGUAAUGAACGUAAUUGUUGAGUUACCAUAAAACCAACCCCCCCAAAAAAAGGUCACCAUUCAUAAAUCUGCCAUCAUAAUAGCAUCAAUAAUGCAUAACUUCAAUUGAAACUUUAAUUAAAAUUAACAAUACACAUCAUGAUUGUCAAACAUGCAAAAUAUUUACAGCAAUGUCACACGUUCUUUAAACAAUGAAAAGCCGAACUUGUGUGCAAUUAUGAUCAAUGUCAACGUAUAUAAUUCAGAAACGCUUUUGUGACUUUUAACUGUGCCAAAUUCACAGCAUGUUAACGAGAUGUUAAGACUCGUAGUGACUGCUGAAACUGUUACUGCUCCACGAACGCCCCCCAUUCCUGAAUGAUCGCCAUUCCUCUUUGUUAUGUUGUAUGGAAGGAUAUUAAGGACUAUUUUCAGUAAAUCUUUAGUGGAAAGUUUAAAUAAUGUACACAAACGCACAGCGGCAGGUGCAAUAAAACGUAGUCGAUUGUAACUGGCGUCACUAACGAUUACAAACGCGCCCCACAGUAUAAACUCCCACCCCCAAAACUAUUGACGGCAUCGGAAAUGCGAGUGCAAAGGGAAAUGCGAAUCCAUUUGAAUUUCGGAGGCUCCUUACGGGACGCAGAGAAAGUGAAAUGGCAAACGGGGUAAUUAAUAUUGCUUUUGCGAUCAAUUUUAAGACAUGCAAUCGCAAAUGGACUUUGCCUUUCCAAUUGAAAUUUGGGCAACUACAUUUGUGCGAAUGAAAACGGUAAUACGCAAUUGCAUUUGGAUUAUGUCCCAGAAAUAACGUUUUUCAACGUUUGGAGAAUAGUUGAAAAUCCUAACAUAGUAUUGUUUAUUUGUCUAGUUUUAUCGAACACGAGGGAAAUCUUAAAUUACAUCUGACGAAUCGCAAAUGUCUAUUUCCAUUUUAACGCUGUCCUUUUUUACGGCAUAAAUAAAAUUCACGUUUUUUGAUAAGAUUGUGCCAAGAUGUUAAUUUUUCUAUGCAAGUGCUGUUCAUUCGGUAACCGUUGUCUCGUCUCUUGUUUUGCGGUGUUUCUCUGUGAGUUGUAUUUCCCCGGCAGUGACAAUUCCAUUACGAUGGAGCACGUACAGAUCGCAAGUGAAUUUUUAGGAUGAAUUUGAGACCGUUGCUAAAAAGGGAAGACGGAAAUAUGUGAAUUUAAAUAUAUCACCAAAUAUGGGGUCAAGGGUCAAAACGAACAGGUCACAUUGAAUAUUCCUCGUCUACUGAUGGUCAUUUUUCUGGCAAACACUGUUUUACAUCUGGACUGUGACAUCAACUGCUCUUGAGUUUCAUAUGUAGCUGUAUGUGAUAUCACGUGUACAGAUAAUAAUCCUCUCCGUACAACUUAUGUUUUUUAAAUAAAAUAUUUAAACAAUUCAA